GAAAAAACAUUUAAUUUUACAAAUUUGUGUUGUGUUCGUUUACGUGUGUGUUUUAUUUUAUUUUUCUUUCUUUUCUUUUUUGUGCGGAUAAUUAUUUUUAAAAUGACCCAUAUAUGUGAAGCUUGUGACCGUUUGCAAGGUCAUCCCUGCGGAACAGCUCCCAAUCGUCCAACGUUUCAACAGCCCACCAUGUAUGACCAUUUCGCUAAUUUUCAAAAUUUCAAACAAUUAAAAGGCCGUCAUCAGGAAGAGCUUUUGAAAUGUAAAACACCAUACGGGGAUGCGGAACAGAAACUAGAAAAUGCCAUAGAAAACCAACAUAAUGACCAUACAAAGGGUACUAAAAGUGAAACUACUACCAAUUUGAAGUCACUUCAAAAGAAAAACUCAUUGUGGUGCAUUUCGCGAAGCCCCAUAAAUUGUCCCAUCAGCGCCUGUAAGUGCUUGUUAGGUGUUUCUUCGGUCUUAUCACACAUUUUGCGAGAUCAUCACGACGAGAUAAAAUGCCAAGAGAUUUAUUUGGGAAACAGUUGUGAUUUGUUAUUUAAUCCCAAGGACAUGAUAUAUGGCAAAAAUAUAUGCUUGGGUGUGUUGGCCUAUGGUGGCGCCACUGGUGAAAGAUCCAAUCGACCCGCUGAAAGAGGCAUUUGUUUGUCCAAUGCAUUUUUACCGAUGGAACAUGAACACCUCAAUGCUCACUUUCCCAUCUUAAUAAUGGCUUGUCGAACUUCAUGGACAUCAUACCUAGCUUACCCCAAGGGUUCUAGGAAUGAUCAAACUUCUACAAACGAAAAUCCAAUGGCAGAACUAUUUCUGAUAUGGCUAACAAGUGUGCAGACCACCAAACCCAUUCACUAUACCCUGACUGUCUAUGACAAAUUGUUGAGCGCCUCCCGCAGUUCUAUUAUGCGAAUAAGGAAUUUAAGUGACACCCAAAAUCCUUCAAAAUUUAUGUCAAAAGAAGUGGAUUAUAUGCGCCUUUGUCAUGGCGAUAUUGAAAUUCUAUCACAAAGACGUGAAGUACCCAUUCACAUGGAAAUUGUCAUAAAUGAAUACGAAUUAAAUGGAAAUUAAAAGAGAAACAAAUAAAUUAAAGAUGAGAGAUAAAAGCCUACCUUUGGCAGGUCA